CCCGCCCCAGCCUUCUCCUCCCAUUAACCAUCUCUCCAUCUUCCCCCCGACACUCGCCAGACCUGAACGAAGCAAUAAGCAGAGAGAAGCCGAAGCAUCUCGAAUCGAGCACGCGGCGCGUCGGACUCGCCGGUGGGAAAAGAUGGCGUCGAGCGAACCGGAGAGCCGCGAGCAGCUCGCGGUGUGCCCCAGCUUCAACAGCUACUCCGCCGAUCGGCUCGCCGACGUCGCUCGCGGGGUCGCCCUCGAGGACGGCGGCGACGGCCCCAGUUCCUCGGGUUGUGAUCGGAGCGGGGGGUCGGACGAGGCCGGGGACGACGAUUUCGAGUUCGUCUCGCUCGUCAGGGAGCGCGACGACGUCCUGAUCAACGGCGGCCAGAUCGGCCCGGUCUUCCCGGUGUUCAAUCGAGAUCUUCUGUACGUGCGCGGCGGCGGCGAUCGGGCUUCGGAUGGCGAAGCCAAGGCGGAUCGGGACGGGGAUCGCGGUCGCGCGGUGGCUUCGCUGAGGAUUCCGCUGAAGGACUUGUUCGUCGAGGAUCGCGAUCCUCCGUCGUCGUCGUCGUCAUCGGAGGUCGACGAGCUGGAAGGGGUACCGGAGGGGAGCUACUGCGUGUGGUCCCCGAAGUCGCCGGCGGGGUCGCCGCUGUCGCCGAGCCGGUGCAAGAAGAGCAGCUCGACGGGGUCGAGCUCGAAGCGGUGGAGGUUCCGCGACCUGCUCCGCCGCAGCAACAGCGACGGGAAGGAGUCGUUCGUGUUCUUGACGCCGGCCUCGAGGUCGAGCUCGCUGUCGAGUAGCAGCGACGCCUCAGCGAAGGAGAAGGCGAGGCCGAGCCCGAGCCCGAGCCCGAGCCCGAGCCCGAGCCAAGCCGGUGCGGUCGCGGAGAGAAGGAGCAAGGCGAAGGCGUCGGCGGCGUCGGCGUCGCCGCACGAGGCGUUCUACGUGAGGAACAGAGCGCUGAAGGAAGGCGACAAGCGGAGGUCCUACUUGCCGUACCGGCAAGACCUGGUCGGCUUCUUCGCCAACGUGAACGGAUUGGGAAGGUCGUUCCCUCCGUUCUGAGCCUGGGCACAAUUUCGCUUCUUCUUUUUUUUUUUUUCGUUUUGAUUUAUUUAUGUUAGUAAAUUAAUGGGUUUGGUUUACCAAAAGAGGCCUUUCCAAUUAGGACGUAAAGCGAUGUGCAGUUUUCCUGCGAUUAUAUGUACAUAACAUAUAAGCUUUGUCCGUUUAGGUUACUGGAAACGUAUGGACAGACGACAUAUAUAUUAUAUAUAUUUUUAUUUCCGGUUGCUGAGAUAA